CCCCCUUCAAAUUCCCUCCCCUCGUCUUUCAUCCCAUCUGCAUCAACACCACACACGCGCAUACACCGCACACACCGCACCUACCCACCUACCUCCGGCCUUCACUUCGCCCGUUCGUUGCGAUCGAGAUACAGAGAAGACACAAUGUCGACGAGAAAGAGAAAGCAGGACGAGGAGCUCGUUGCGCUGCCGAGCGACGAGAGCGAGGAGGAAGAGGAGUACGAGGACUCUGAUGUCGAGGAGAUCCUUGAUGAGGAUGAUGAGAGCGAGGAGGAAGAUGGGAGUAGUGAGGAGAUCGAGGAAGAAGAAGUCCCUCCCGCUAAGAAGCGCAAGACUGAGCAGCCUGCUGCCGUCCAAAAGCUUCCUGUCGCCAAAGUCGCAUCUAACGGCAAAGAUACCAAAGCCGCUCCAGCCGCCAAAGCUCCAGCCGCCAAAGACGUUUUAGAUGACGAGGAGGAAGAUUUUGAUGAGGAGGAAGAGGACGAGGAGGAAGACGAUGGAGCGCUGCCUGUUAAAAUGGCAAAGGCUGCUAAAGGCCGUGUCGAAGCGCUGGACGAUUUCGGGGAAGACGAUGAAAUCAGCGCAGUGGAAGACGAUGAGGACUGAUCGUACGGUCCUCAAAACAGUGCAUGGUGCAACGACAAACACGGGUCUCGGGAUGGAAAAGGAUAAGGCGCGGAGGGAUAUUUGCUGGAUAAUAAAUGGAAGGACUGGGAAGGAAGGAAAAGAGGGGAACAGGGGAGGAACAUCUUCUCCAUCUCACUGAUCUGGCAUUGGCACUGUAGACGUGGCUCUCUCCGGUUUCGCUCCUGUGAUUUUUGCUUUUUAGAUCUCCUAUGCAGUCCGCCUCUCCCCAUUAGUGCUCUAGUACUCUUAUCAAUAAAAGUUUCUGUCCUCC